UGUCUUUGUCUCAGAUUAAAACACAAACAGUCCAGUCAGGCCUCAUUGCUCCAGUAAGUCCUCCAGUCUGCUGAAGACCAGGGCUGAAAUCACAAGCCUGGUCUGUAGAAAGCAACAGUGCAGCUUCUGUUUUUAAGACUCUACAUCUCCCAGAGUCACUGCCAGCCUGCAGCUACGUGGUGCAUGUGUGAUAUUUAGCAAAGCAUGAUGAAUUCACCCCACAGCAAAGUCAGAAAGGGAAACAGAGGUGAAUGAGGCAGACUUGGCAAACAUAUCAGUUUCUCCUGAGGGGGCGUGUUGGAACAAAAUCAGGAGGUGAGGAAACCUGCUGAGUUCAUGUUGCAGAGGGUGGAGAAGGAGAGCUGGCAACAGGACAAAUCAGGAGGGAAGAGUGCAGGAAAAAAUAAAACUGAAAAGAAGAACCAGGAGUCCACAGCUGAAGGAAUGAGAUGAAAGUCUAGACGGUUAAAUUGCACUGGCCUGUGGUGAGCCAGCGGAGCAGAGCGGCGGCAGGAGCGACAGUGGGUGGGGAGAGAGGAAGUGUGGUCGACAGGAGAGGAAUUUAAAGUCUCAUUGUUCUGAAAGAGCAGAGAGGAAGAGAGCUGAGGAGCCGAACCAACAACAGACCCCUGGACAACAUGGACGUGAGCUCAGCCAUGCAGAAGAUGUCUGUAAAGCAGAGCGCAGGAGGGGCAGCGACGUGUCUCGUAUGUGACGGGAACUGCUCGGGAUUUCAGCCACAUUCUUGGAGGAAAGCCUGUGUAACCUGUGGCUGCAGUAUGGUCGACCACGCUCCCGGAAGUGAUGUCGAAGACGAUCAGCGAAUGGGACGCCUGCUCGCAGACUCACCCUGCUCUCAUUUGACAGCUAAGGUGAAAGGAGGCGGCGGCCUUCGCAUGUACAAGAGGAACCGUAUGAUCGUGACCAAUCCGGUGGUGUCGCGUAAAGACCCGACCUUCAACACCACCACAUACGAGUGGGCGCCGGCCGGCCUCAACCAGACCCUGGCCAUGCAGUACAUGGAGCUCAUCCCGGAGAGUCAACGUCCUGUCUCGGGGACACAAGGAGCAUUGGAGCGUCGCAGGCAGCUCUUCACUCAGCUGCCCAUCUAUGAUCAGGACCCCAUGAAGUGUCAGAGCCUGGCCAGUGAGGAGGAGAUUUCCUCCAUGCUGCUUUUUGUGAAGCACUACAAACAAGAAGUGCUGGGAGUCGGGGAGGUGGCCUUACCUGGUGAGGGUGGAGCUCUGAGGGAAGCAGCCAAUCAGAGAACAGCAAAGGAGGCCAAGGACCGCAGCAACAGCAACAAGAAGGAUGCUCUGGACCACCAGGAGCAGGGAUCAACCAAUCACAGCUCUGCCUCUGCAGCUGGUUCCACAAACGGAACAGAUGAAAGCACAAAGCCUGAAUAUCAGUGCACCGGUUGCCAGGGUGAGGUUGCCAAGGAGAUUCCAGCUGUUUAUGCUGAGCGUGCAGGUUACCACAGCGCCCUGUGGCAUCCCACCUGCUUCUUGUGUUCAGAGUGUGGCCAGGGAUUGGUGGACCUGGUAUACUUCUGGUCCAAUCAGAAGUUGUACUGUGGAAGACAUUACUGUCAGACGGUGUGGCCCCGAUGCUCAGGCUGCGAUGAGUUGAUAUUCUGCCAGUCUUUUCAUUCGUCAAAAGACGGACGGACGUGGCAUCAAAAUCAUUACUGCUGCUGGAAGUGUGGACAAAGCCUGGAUGUGCCCUGUCAGCACUAACUCACACAAUGGAGACUCCAACGCAAAACUUUUAAGAAGUUUUAGCAGAGACAGUGAAGCAGUACUGAAUUUAACAAUAAAAAUUCAGAUAAGACAUACAAAUAUUAAUAUUGUAAAUCUAAUAUCAAGUGUGGAUGACUGGCUUGCUUUAUAUCAGAUAAAUAAUACUGAAUUAAAUUGAGCUUAAAGCCAUUGAAUCAUAUGUUAAGUUGACAUGUCGCAUUUAAAAUACUGUAUCUUACAAAGAAAAAACAUCUACUUGAUAAAUUAAUAUUUAAAAAUACUCAAGUCAUCUAGCUGGCAUUGAAGUACUCAAAGACUUGUUAAGUCGAGCCUACUGGUCUUUCAAGUACUUAGGGAAAUGUUUAGUUUACACAAAAGUGUUUAAAGUACUUAAAGAAACAUUUGGUUGAUUUAUUAGCACUUAAAGUUCGACAGUGACUGGAGCCAGAUGUGCUGGUUUCAGCCUGCAGUGCUCUUGACCUGGGAAAGAGCAGUUUGUCAAAAACAGCCUCGGGCCAUGGUCCACUCACUGGUUUAGGAGCUUUCAGCCGUAUUACAUCGUCCUCAUCGUCACCAGGAAAAGCUCGAACAUCUGCAUCAUGAACAGCAACAGUUCUGUGACAGCUAAGCAAUUUCGAUAAUCUUUCAAGCUCAAUAAUUACAUUUUAUGUAUUUCACUGCCUCUCACCUUUAAGGUUUUAUUUCCUAAAAAGAAGUCAAAUACUGUGUUAGGGCAGUGAGAAUAUUUGAUAAUUUUUUUCAGUACAAAUCAACUCAUCUUGGAAGGAUAAAUAAUACGUAUUGAAUUGUGAUUAAUUCCUAACAUGUCGGGUUUGAAUCUGUGCAUUAACAUUUAUUUCAGUCAGAAACAAUCUAAUUGUUUGACUUUAACCUAAGAGAACUGGACAUGCAGAAGGCUUGAAACUAAUUAGUAAUUAAUAAUAUUCUGCUGGACUUUACAGUAGAUUAGAUUCUCUGAAUUUUAAUGUCCAUCAUUGAAGAUGGGUUGUGUUUUUGUUGUACUUACUGUGCAAAUGAAAAGUAGGGAUUUUAGUCUACUUACCAUUGAUAUGUCUUUGUUCUGCUUCAUGUGUUAUUUCAGUCAAACUGCAGAUCCACUUUGCAUUUAACCUUUUUCAUGAAAUUAGAUGCUGCUAAAUGCUGCUUUAUGUUAUGUUGUGUUAUACUCUGCUAACAAUUUUCUGGCUGCAGUAUCAAGGCUUCAGAGUUAGUAUAUCAACUUUGUGCUAAAAUCCCUAAAAAUCAAGUUAGCCAGCGAUAAAAUCAGCAAUGCAGAAACUAAUUUUAGCUCUACUUUUAAAUUCCAUGACCUAAAAUUCAUCAGUACAAUUAGCGAAUAUAAAAUCAACUAAUAUGAGUUUUGUUUUGUUUUGUUUUUGCAUUGUUUGCUGCUAGCAAAACGCUAAAUCUAGAUCCAGAAACAAGGGCAAAAUUUUAGCUAGCAAAUUUGUUUGACAUGAUUAGCUAAAUAUGCAGCAGAGACAGUAACAGUAGUCUACUGUUCAGUGUGUAUUAUCCGUGACCGACAAGACGAUGCGGUAGAAUAUAGCAAUAUCAAUUUUUUGAUAAGUAGCCUAGUGUGAAAAUGUUGUGUGUAGCUUAGCACAAAAACUGGAAGUGGACGGAAACUGCUAGCCUACCCUAGCUCAGUCAGUCAGUUAUGAAAUAAUGGGCUACAACUUUGAAAUUAACCCAACAAAGUGACAGUAACAUUAUAAACAAGGAUUUCUAAAAACAAAAUGAAUAAAAAUAAAAGAUAAAAAAACAUCCGCUCUUUUACAGGAAUUGAGUUUUUGUGUUUUGCAGAAAUUAAAAAAAAAAAGACUAAGAACUUGCAGCUCAAUGUCCAUGUUCCAGUGGACCAGAAUGAAAAAUUGUAAAAGCUUUUGGUUAAAAUUUUAAAUUUAGAAGUUUUCAUCAUUCACAUUUAACCAUAAUGAAUUCCCAGUUGAACACCAUACUGCCAGUAAACGAGAGUGGACAUUAAAUGUGUAAGACACGGAUGGCAUCCGGUGCUCUGAGGACAACACUUCAAAGCGAAAAGCGAAUUGUAUAACCUAAGUAAUAUUUAACAGUUUUAAAUCAGCAGUGAUGGUUUUACAUCGAUGAAAGGUUUAAAAGUAAUGAAGUCUUCAUGUACAGGGAUUAAAUCCUACGUUUUUGACAUUUGUUUUGGGAUCGGUGCUUUCUUCAAGAGAAAAUCAUCACAAGUUGGCGAAAGUAAUGAGAUUUGUCUGCUGAUUGUGUUUUUACAGCUUAUUGGUUGGAAUUAAAGUAACGUCUGAUUGAA